AUGGGUAAAAGCAGUAAGGAUAAGAGAGAUUUGUAUUAUAGAAAGGCCAAGGAAGAAGGUUGGAGAGCCAGAUCGGCGUUCAAAUUAUUGCAGUUGAAUGAGCAAUUUCAAUUGUUCAAAGGAGUAAGAAGAGUCGUUGAUCUUUGUGCAGCACCGGGAUCAUGGUCCCAGGUCUUAUCCCGGGAAAUCUAUGAAAAGAAUGUCGAUGGAGAAUCUGAACCAAAGAUCGUGGCCGUCGAUUUGCAACCAAUGUCUCCGAUCAAAGGGGUUACAACGUUGCAAGCCGACAUCACCCAUCCAAAGACUUUGUCAAAGAUUUUGGACAUUUUUGGUGGUGAGCCAGCAGACUUCAUCUGUAGUGACGGUGCUCCUGAUGUCACAGGUUUACAUGAUCUAGAUGAAUAUAUUCAAGCACAAUUGAUCUUGUCGGCACUUCAAUUGACUACAUGUUUAUUGAAGCCUGGUGGAACUUUUGUGGCUAAGAUUUUCAGAGGAAGAGAUAUUGAUUUGAUGUAUGCUCAGCUAGGAUACUUGUUUGAAAAUGUCAUUUGUGCCAAGCCAAGAGCCUCUAGAGGUACUUCGUUGGAGGCUUUCAUUGUUUGCAGAAACUACACUCCUAUUCCUGGAUGGACUCCACAGUUGAAGUUGAAUCAAUCAACCGAAGAGUUCUUUGAAGAUGCCAGCAUUGCAAGAAAGAACAAGUUGGGUGACAAGUUAGAAAAUUACUUGCCAACUGAAGAACGUCAUAUUGCACCAUUUGUAGCCUGCGGUGAUUUAUCAAGCUACGAUUCUGAUGCCACUUAUUCUCUCGAUCAUAGUGUUGCCAGAGUCAGUUUAGAUCCUGUGCAAUCGCCAACAGCUCCCCCAUAUAAGAAAGCCAUCGAAAUGAAAAGGAAAGGUCAGUUGAAGCAAAAGGCUUAUAAAUGA